AUGGCCUGGGGCCUGGCAGCCCUGGCGGUGGCGGUGGUGAGCGAGCCGGUCCCGGUCCCUCACUACUUCCAACGCGAGGCCCUCACGCGGCGAGACUUGUCGGUCUCGCAGGUCUCGCGGGAACUGGGCGCCCUCGUCUCGAACACCACCGCAAUCUUCGGGCCCUCGGAUCCCCGGUGGGAGAAUGCGACGGAGCGGUAUACCACGUUUGCGCCGCCGACGAUCGAGCUCGUGGUGCAGCCGGGGCUGGAGUCGGACAUCCCCAUCAUCAUCAAGUACUGCAACCGGAACAGCAUCGAGUUCAUGGCAGUCAAUCGGGGCCACUCGCUGACCAUCACCACGGGUCGCUUCAAGGGCAUCGAGAUUGACAUGGCUUCCCUGCGGGACUAUACCAUUGAGCCGGACUUCCAAUCCGCGUGGUUUCAGGGGGGCAGCUAUGGGGGAUCGGUGAUCUCCAGCCUCUGGGAUCAAGGCUAUGUGGCGACCACGGGCAGCUGUACCUGCGUCGGACUGCUGGGACCCGGUCUCGGUGGCGGCCACGGGCGCUUUGAAGGGCAGUACGGAUUGGUCAGCGACAACCUGGUGAACCUGAACGUCGUGCUGGCCGACGGGUCAGCCAUCCAGGUCAACGCGACGAGCCACAGUGACCUGUGGUGGGCGCUGCAGGGCGCAGGCCACAAUUUCGCGCUGGUGACGAGCUUCCAGAUGAAGAUCCACCCGCGCAAGGUGGACACCUGGCACUACCACAACUACGUCUGGUCGGGCGACAAGUUGGAGACGGUGUUCGAGCAGCUGAACAUCUUCCACACGAGCGCGAACGGGACGACGCCGGUGCUGAUGGCGGUGAACUUCGGGGAGUUUGGGAUCGAGGCCAACUACAGCAGCACGGAGGCGGUGCUGGAAUGGAGCUUCGUGUACGCGGGGCCUGCGGCCGACGCCGAGGCCCUGCUGGCGCCCUUCAACGCGAUCGAGGCCCUCUCCGAGGAAACAGGCGACGUGCCCUACCCGGACAUCGCGGACAUCCAGGGCACGGGGCUGAACAGCGCCGCCUGCGUCGCCGGCUACAAAUGGGCCCUGCGCACCGCCGGCAGCGUCGACUACAACAUCACCGCCGAGCGCCAGAUCUACGACACCUUCAACCGCAAGGUCGCCCAGUACCCGGACCUGGCCCUCGGCGCCCGCGUCACCCACGAGGGCUACGCCAACGCCGCCAUGAAACAGGUCGAUGCCGCCUCCACCGCCGUCUCCUACCGCGCCGAGAACCAUCUGCUGUAUAUUGCGGUGGAUAUUCCCGAGGGCUCCAAUCUGACCGCCGCGGCCAUGGAGUGGGCCGAUGAGACCCGCGCCCUCUGGAAUCAGGGCCAGCCCGGCCGCCAGCCCUCCACCUAUGUCAAUUACGCCUUUGGGGAUGAGCCUGUGGCCUCGAUGUAUGGCUAUGAGCCGUGGCGGCUGGCCCGGUUGCGCGCGCUGAAGCAGAAGUAUGACCCCCACAACCGGUUCCGCUUCUAUAAUCCUUUUGUUUAG